UUGACAGAGCUGAAAAAAACAUGAGUUCACGAAAAGCCACUCCAACGGCGGCGAAUCCCCAAAUCGCCUCCGGAAGAGUAUUCUUCACCACAACCGCCGACGGGGCCUCACAGUCACCGGCGAGACAAUACACUCGCAUUUACAGCAAGCGAUUCGCUUCGGAGUCUCCAUGAGCGCCAAUCCAGAAAACGAACCGAGCAACGGUUCAAUGCCUUCGGCCUUGAACGAAGCACAGAAGCCGCCGAUUGAGCCCCUCCGGUUGCCGACGGUCGAGGAGAUGCGAGGUCAGGACAUCUGGAAUAACUGCUUUGUUCGUAGCGUCGUUAGCGGAGUAAUGGGAGGUGGCUUGGGACUCUGCAUGGGUCUCUUUAUGGGGGCAUUGGACAGACCCCUAAUGCAAGAGGAAAUGACUGGUAGGCAGCAAUUUGUUUACACAGCUAAGCAAAUGGGACAAAGGAGUUGGAGUUCUUGUAAAACUUUUGCUGUUAUGGGCUUGAUCUUUUCAGCAGCUGAAUGUGUCAUUGAGAAGGCUCGGGCAAAACACGACGCCACAAAUACAGUUGUUGCUGGAUGUGUGACUGGAGGUACAAUAUCAGCUAAAGGUGGUCCGAAAGCAGCUUGUGCUGGUUGUGCAGGCUUUGCUGCAUUUUCAGUUUUGAUAGAGAAAUUUUUGGAUAGACAUGAUUGAGGAAACACACUCUGGUUCCAGUUUUGCACAUUCAGUAUGGAAAAAGAGAACUAAUGGUAAUAGUCUGGCUCCAUAAUUUAUUGAAAUUCCCCCCCAUAAAUGUUAACUGUCGCCAGAGUUUGUUUUUGAUCCCUUGUAUGUUGGGAUGUACAAUUCUUAUAACCUAGUACCACCACGAUUUUGAUUUGGUUCUAUCCUCAGAAGAAUUGAGCGCAUUCACGUAGAAGACAGUUUUGUUAUGAUGUACCUCUACCUCAAAUGAACAUUCAAAUAUAUUGUUUCAUUUUGAGUGGUGUUACUGUUUAUUGAUAUUCUUGCUUUGUCUUUACAUUCAAAAGAUGCUCAAUUAUGGAGGAUAACAUAUAUAGGAAGGGUAUUAAGCCAGUCUAGUGGGUAGUGGCAUUUUCCCACCCAUCAGGACCGCCGACCGGCUGUGUUGCCCUGUAUGGCAUCGUAGAAUUGCUUGUAUGCUGUACUUUUUAACUCCUCUCCUCUAAGAUACUGGGUUGGCCUAAUAGUUUGGACACGAGAGGCUGCAAAUUUUUCUUUU